CUCCUCCGUCGUUUUUUUUUUUUGGAUAUGGCAGUUCCUUAGUGAGGAUGGAGACUUUAAAAGUCUGAAAACUAGUAAAUGUUCGGUAGCUGUUAAGCCCAGAAGCCUCCCGAUCCAGAACCCCCUUUUUACUUACGCCUCAUUACGUUGGAAUUUUCUGGAACUCAGCUAAAAACCACUUCUACUCAAUCAAUGGACCAUUUUGCUGGGCUUCAUGGCAAUAUCUUUGUACUUCUCAUAAUUCUUCAGCUGCCAAUAAGGAGCUACCAAGAGCCCCAGGAGUCUUCUCCCCCUCUAAAUCUGGAGGUGUACCCUGACCUCCGCCAGCAGCAACGCUUGGUUGUAGAAUGGGACUUCGAUGACGGAGUCUACUCUUCUGGCUUGAACUUUACUUUUCACAUCCAAGUGGCACGAUCCAUAAAAAAUAACAUCAUUCAUGAUGAAUAUUACAACACAAGUCUCUCUAGAAGUGAUAAACACUUCAUCUGGAUGUGGGAUUCUGAGCUGCCUUUAGAAUGUGACUCCCAUUCUUUCCGCAUUCGUAGCGCCUUAUUACGGAACAGUUUUCCCUCUGAAGAGCGCUGGAGUGUCUGGAGCCUGUGGAAGACCCAUCAUGGAAAGAACGAAGAGAACAGAAAGAACAUAGUAAUAUAUCCCCAUGAGAAAAUAGUUUUGGAGGGUUCUGAAGUUAGUUUUUGCUGCUUGCCCGGCCUCUCUGAGAAAGUUCAGGAGAUGACCUAUAAGAAGAAACAGUAUCAGAGCCAAUCAGAACAGAUGAAGACAGAGAGUUUUGUGAUUACAGUGAAAAAUGCAUCAAUGACUCGCUCGGAUGGAGACACUGUUAUCUGCCGACUCUAUGUGGACCCUAUGGGCAGGAAAAGACAUAAUGGAACCGUCCUCAUUGUUAGCAGACCACCUGAUAAGCCAAAGAAUUUUUCCUGUGAAACAAACGACUUGCAGAGGUUACACUGCACCUGGACGCCCGGGCCUAUUCAUAACUUCUAUGGUCACCUUGCUGAAAAAUACGUGUUGCAUGAAUGGUUAUCUGGAAGGUCGGCUUCUUGCUCCAGAGAGAAUUGUACGUGGCCCAUUGUAAACAACCAGCAAAUCUAUAACUUUACAUUGACCGUUACAAAUACAUUGGGUGAGAAGAGUUCACAGGCUGUUGUGGAUCUAGCAGAGAGAGUUCGCCCCAUCACUCCUACAAAUGUAGUUACAAGAUACGUGAAUGCAACAGAUGCUGUCUUAGUCUGGACUUUGAAGGCCGAAUACUCAUCUCUUGUACUGCAAUGUCAGACUGAUCUGAAGGAGAGCGCAGUAAUUGUGACAGUGAAAGGGAAACCCUCAACGGAGAUGUACAGUGUCAGUCUCACCCAUCUGAAGCCAUUUACUAGGUAUGAGCUGAGAGUGCGCUGCAUGUCGGAGUCAUCAUUAGCCGGGUGGAGCAACUGGAGUGACGCUCUUGUAAUCCAGACACAGGAAGCCGCACCGUCAGCUUCACUUGAUCUAUGGAGAGAAAUUCAGCAUAAUGAAAAUGGGCAGACUGUGACGGUUUACUGGAAACCUCUUUUGGGUUUCAUGGCCAAUGGAAGAAUUUCUCACUAUAAUAUUAAGUGGUGGUCAAUUGAUGGCAGUGUCAUAGCCAAUAAAACUAGAGUGCCUGCUCAGCAGAACAGUUACAGUAUGGACCUUGGAAGACAAGCUCAUGCCAUCUGCAUCACAGCACAGAAUGGGGCUGGUGUGUCUCCAGCUGCUGAGAUCAACAUCCCAGGAACCAGCAGGAGUGGCAAUGAAGUGAACACAGAACACACACAAGGUAAAGAUGGAGGAAUCAAUGUAAUGUGGAAACCAGUCCCUUCUGUACGUGGAUAUGUAGUAGAGUGGUGCAACUCUCCCAGGUCUUCACACUGUGAUCUUCAAUGGAAAAAGUAUAAUUCGAGCAUCCACAGAGAUGUCAUUCAUUCCGCAUCAUUUCAGCCUGGGGUUAGAUACAAUUUUCAGAUUUAUGUAUCUAAAGAGGAUGGAGAGCACUUACUAGAAAAACUGACUGGCUAUACCGAGGAAUUGGUGUCUUCAAAGAAGCCAAAAGUGCAAACUACGAUGAUUGAUGCCAAUUCUCUGACUCUGGACUGGUCUCCUUAUCCAAUCGAUGAAACUCAACAAGGAUUUGUAACGGGCUACACCAUCUACAUGAAAACUUCAGGAAGCAACUGUGAGCUGGAUGCAGCCAAUGAUCACAUUACUUUAGAUGGUCUGGAAGUUUGCAUAUUUUUCAUUAAAGACCCAAAAAUAACGAAUGCUACCAUCCGUCAACUAAAACCAAAUACAGAAUAUCAAGUGGCCGUUGUGGCUGUUACAGGUGGGGGCGAAACGGACAAAGAAUUUAUUAAGGCUUCCACACAAACUGAUGCGGGAGCAAUGGUCAUGCCCAUCCUUCUACCUGUGAUUAUAGUAUCGGUGCUGGGGGUCAUGCUACUCAUUGCAGGAUGCUGGAAAAGGACAUGGUUGAAGGAAACAUGUUAUCCCAAUAUUCCUAAACCUAACAAGAGCAAGGCUCUCUCCUUCAGUUCAGAAAAGGGGCCAAUAUAUAUUGGUGUCCUACCAGACGUUGGUGUUUCUCAGAAGGUGGAACCUGUUUAUGUCCUGGAAAAGACAGACGUUGGUCAUGAUCUGAAAGAGAACAGUGACCAGCAAAAAGAAGUGAUGUAUUCCACCAUCCAGAGACCUGCUAAUACUACCACUGCAGAAGCCUCUGGUGACACGUACAUUGCUGAAAGCAACAGAAGUGAAAGCCUUCUUAAUCAAACAAUAGAGGAGCUUCUAUACAAACCACAGUCACAGUCACCCACCUACCUAGAGUUCUUCAAUGAGAACUACAUUGGGACUGCAGAUGACUCGUAUGAGGAGAGCCUUGGAUAUAGACCCCAGAUGGGAUCCCUCCAGUUAUAUCAAUCUUCUUGUGAGGACCCAAGUGGUGAUCACUCACAGGAUACAGUCUUGGAGUCGAGACAUAUUUCUGCCACUGAAAACGAGCCAGUGAGUCCAACAUCAGUCAACUCUACUUCAUUCAUACUCAAAGAUUGAUGGAAUCCUCCAUACUUUGCAGCAGACACAAUUAUAUCUGUGCAGCUAAAAUAAUUCUGUGGAAGUGGACAUUCAGUACAGAUACAGAACAAAAUGAAUUGUUGGCAUUAAGGAAACAUCUUCUACCAGGUAUUCUUCAUGCACAGAUAGAAGAAAUGUAAAAAAAAUGUGAGCUCUCUUUACUGUAAGAAAAAAGAAAGACAACUGGACUUGCACUAUUGAUGAAAAGAGGUAUACAAAGUGCUCUGAGAUACUGUUACUACCUACUUGUGUUCUCGUGUUUUUUUUUUACUGCCCUUACAGCGAUUUUGUGAACUUAACAAGCGAUGUAGAAGAAUUCCGCUUUAAAGUUUACGAAAGUUCCUUUCAAAUAUCCUGGAUGUGUUUCAUGCCAGAUACUGGCCCCUCAUUAGCUCCAACAUGUUAUUUAUUUUUUUCUAAAAAAAAUCAAUAAUUUAACCCUUUGCCUUUGACCGUACAUAGAUGUGGCCUCAAUGAAGUGGGUCAUCUUCCAUGGGGUCGCAUAUAUGCGUACAUAUGUUUGUGCUUCACCAAGAGCCCAGGUCUUGUACUAAUGAUAGGCAACCAGGAGACCUGGUUUCUGAUCACCUGAUUGGCCAUCACAGUGAUCAGUCACAACACUAAUAAUGCAGUCACCACCGCUAAUAAUUGGUAAGCUGCAAUAUAGUAAAUUUUUGGUUUAAUUACGCUUUAAUGUCUCCUGAGGAUUAUGAAAGUUCCUUUCAAAUAUCCUGGGUGUGUUUUGUGCCAGAUAAUGGCCCCUCAUUAGCUCCAACAUGUUAUUUAUUUUUUCUAAAGCAUUUAAGAAUUUAACUUUUUGCCGUUGACUGUACAUAGAUGUGGCCUCAAUGAAGUGGGUCAUCUUCCAUGGGGUCGCAUAAAUGCGUACAUAUGUUUGUGCUGGGAGUGUGCAUCCAGCACAAAAAAUCGGUCUUGUACUAAUGAUAGGCAACCAGGAGACCUGGUUUCCAAUCACCUGAUUGCUGUGAUGGCCUCUGAUUGGCCAUCACAGUGAUUAGUCACAAAACUGUCCCUGUGUGUGUUUUUUCCUCUGAACAGAGAGAAAUAUAUAUUGUAUAUCUUUUUCUCAAUGCUAGAGGAGAAAUAUGUGAACAAACCAAGGUGUGUGUAAAGAAAAAAAAAGAAGAAAAAACAGCAGCUAGAUCAGGGUAUGAUCUAGUUAAAAAAAAAAAAAAAAA